AUGGAGAGCGUGGGCGCCUCGUUCACCCUCCCCAUGGAAAGCGAAGAGAUUAUGAGCACGGCCAUCGAGCUCUACCGACGAUGGCUGCUCGACUCCUCGAAGAGGCCAUCUCCCAUCAACUCCGAGCCGCAGUUCUUCAUUCGUCAAAUCCUGUGCCACUACUCGCUGUUGUUCGAGCCCCGGACCGCGCUUCCCGACUCUCUCGAUACCCAGGCCGCCCUGUGCAAGCGCGCACUCAACAUCUACCACGCGCUUGGACGCGAGAGUUCUGCGUUGGACGAGGAGACCUGGGAGAUCUUCCUUAAGCUCCUGCUGGGCAUCGCCGACUCGCUGCUCUCUCUGCCCGAGAGCGAGGAGGGCCUCACCAAGCGCCUCUGCUCCCACGUGCUCAAGGUGCUGUUCGAGUUGUGGCUCUACUCGUCAACGAGCGAGGCGGACAUGUGGGGCUCGCUGCUGCACCUGGUGCCGCGGUGGGUGCACCACCUGCCCACCAUCAACCAGUGGCUGGCCGUCUGCAAGGGCCUGACCGAGCGGGCCAUCUCCUUCAUGUACGGCCCCGAGGAAGGCCGCGAAUGCGUCCUCAUCCAACUGGAGGGAUCGAAGGAGAUCGUGACGAUGGACGGUCUGCAGGAGGAGCACGUCUUCUACGCCUGGCACCGCAUGCUGCAUGCGAUCGGAGACCCCAACAGCAUCGCUAACCCGCGCAUCCACCACGCCGCCUUCAAGGGCAUCGACACGCUCGUCGACCUCUUCCUCCAGGUGGGACGAAAGUCGGGAAAGGCCGAGCGGCAGGAACUGAAGCCGCCCGAGGGCAAUACCAUUCUUCACAUUUUCGGCAAUUGGCUGUUCGACGCGGCCAUGCAGCGGCGGGACGGCUUCGAGGAGGGAAGAGCCGUGGCGGUGAAGACGCUGUGCAACAUCUUCAGCACCUGCAAGUCGUCCCCCUUCAACACCGUCUACCUGUCCCGGUUCUACGCGUGCCUCUCACAGGUGCUGGGCGAGAGCACGGAGGUGAUGAUUGCGGGAUUGACCAAUGCGGGCAUCCUCUUCCCGUGUGAGCUCCCCGGCUUCCGCAUCCUCACCCCCGCCUUCGUCUACGCCCUCAACCGCGUGCUCCUGCGGCGACUCCACUUUGAGCAUGCCGGAGCGCAGGAAAAUGUGAGGCGCGAGUGUCUGCGCAUAUUGGGGUACUUGAUUUCGACGCCCAACCAUUUCAGCGACACCCCGUUCAGCCGGGCCACGCCCAAGCCGCCCGUCAUCAACACACCCGCCUCGCCCAAGGAAAGCACUGACAUGUCAGCGUUGGCUUCCUAUCAGGACACCUUGAGCGCCAAGCUGCCGGAGAUCAAGACCUUCCGGCAGGUGGACGACCACCUGGUGGUGCUGUUGGGCGAGUCGCUGGUCUACGAGACCGCCGGCGGCAACGUGCGGCCGCUGCUCUCGCUCUGCUACGCCUUCGCCCGCGAGACCCACCUCAAGCGACCCGACUUCACCCUCCACGUCAUCCACACCAUCGUGCAAAAAAUCACGCACGCCCAGUGGCUGACGGGGCACUGCGUGGACGCCUAUCGCGUGCUCGGCUUCUUCUCGGCCUUUUAUACCUUCCUGCCCGAUCCUGACGAGACGGCCAAUUUUGUGGUGAGCUCGCUUGCGAACAUGUUUGCCAGCGAGGCCAUCGGCGACCUCCUCACGCGGCUCGCCCCGUCUGAAUUCGAGAUCCACAUGAUGGAAGCGCUCGAAUGCAUCACGUGUUGGUUGAUGGUGGGCCCGCCUUGGAUCUACCAGUACCACAAGACCAAGGCCGCUGUCAUCAACGCCAUCAUGAGCGUCCUCCACAGCUCCUCCAAACCCGGGGAGAGGGAGCUUAAGACGUCGCUGGGGACGUCGGAGUCGGACCAGAGCCGGAAGGACCGGAAGACGAAGAAGCUCAUCAGCCGAAAGGGUCAGCGCGGACCACAGCAGGCCAAGGCGCCCAACGUCGCGCCCCUCCACCCGGCCCCCAAGCUUCGCGAACCCUCCCCUCGGCUGCGGGCACGUCGCCCUCCUCCCACGCCUCGUCCGCCUUCCCCUGUCGCACUCGUCUCACUUCGUGCCGAGGUGGCGGCGCACGCGCUGGCGACAAUGAUCAAUCACAUGGGCAACUACCCCAACCCGUCGGGCACCACCUGCCUGUCCACCCUUCUCAGCGAAGAGGACGUCCUCAAGUUGCUGCCGGAGGAGGUGGCGGCCAAGAUCGAUCCCGCCCAGUUCGUGCGCUACUUCAUCUCGGGCAGCACCAUCUACACGGUCAUCGACAGGCCCAACAGCGGAGACGGCUAUGUGACGCUGAUCGUACGCGAUCGCACGGGCAAGUACGCGUGGGACCUCCAAUCCGUCUCCCUCUCGCAGGAGGACGAGAAGCUGCUGGAGGGCGUUGUGCUGGCCCACCCCAAGGAGAUCUCACUCGAGCCCUACACCAUUCCCGUGCCCCCGAAGGGAGAGGCGGAUCUGCCCAACAUGGCCAAGUUCGUUGACAACAAGCGGAGCCUCUUUGUGAGCGCUCAGGCCAAGCAAACCGAGAAGGAAAAGAAAUAUCUGCGUAAGCACGAUUGGGGCCUGAAUGCGGACAUCCGGUGCUUCCCUGUGUGGGCCAGCCCGAGCCCGUACGCUGAGUCCGAGAGCAAGUUCAUCCAUGGCCGCAUGCUCCUCUCCCAGCUGGGCUUCCUGUCGCCCCAGCAGCGCUCCAACUUCCACCAGAUCGACCAAUCCCCGGCCUUCUUCCGCUCCCUCAAGAACCUCGACCGCACACCCGAGCGCGAGUGCAUCAGCGUGGGUGUGCUGUACCUGGGCAAGGGGCAGACCAAGAAGAAGGUGUGGGCCAACUCGGCCGAGCACGUCUCGCGUUCGCCCGCCUACCAGCGAUUCCUCGACGCCUCCGGGUGGACUGUGGACGUGGCGACGCAUCCAGGCUGGGUGGGCCAGCUGGACCGGACGGGCAAGACCGGCGCACGCACCCUGUACUACGCCGACUACAACAAGGAGGUGCGUGAUUGA